UCUUAAACACGAGCCCAUUUCCGGCUCCAAUCAACGACGCAUCACCAUUCGCAAGGCCAUCCAAAGCUACCUCUUUGCAUCACGAUCGAUCGAGCUGUGAGGUCAGGGCGGCGAGAGGAGGCGGCCAGCUACCAGCUACUAGCUCAUCGGAGGAUCGAUGGGGCUGAAGCUGAACCUGAUCGUGAGGCUGCUCGCGGUGGUGGCUGCGCUGGCGGCGCCGGCGUCGGGGCAGGCCGGGGCGGCGUCGUGCACGGCGUCGCUGAUCACCAGCUUCACCCCCUGCCUCAACUUCCUCACCAACAGCACCAGCGGCGGCGGCUCGCCGCCGACGCAGGACUGCUGCCGGUCCCUGGCGGCGCUGGUGAACGCGAGCUCCGGCUGCGCGUGCCUCAUCCUCACCGGCAACGUGCCGCUCGGCGUGCCCGUCAACCGGACGCUCGCCGUCACGCUGCCCAAGGCCUGCCACUCCGCCGCCGUCCCGCUGCAGUGCCGAGACACGUCGGCGCAGAUCCCAGCUCCUGGCCCCAUCGCCGGCGGCGCGCCCUCCGCCGCCUUGCCGCCGCUGCCGCCAGCGUCGCCGGAGCCUGAAGCGCCGGCGCCGCCGGUGGCGGAUCCGACCGGGACGGCGCCGGUGAGCCAGGGGCAGACGAGGCCGGCGAUGCUGCCCAGCUCCGCCCGGAGAGCGAGCACCCACGCCCCCGCAGCGGCUGCGCUCGCGCUGCUGCUCGCCGUUGGAGCUGCGCUGGUGUGAUCGGCAGCAGAUGGCAUCGAUUGCCUUGGUGGGGUGUGUUCAUACUUGUGCUUGUUCAGUUGCAGACUUGCAGAGUGGUAGAGACUUAGACAGAUUCGUGUGAGUAUUGGUUUUGUGAGUGAUUUGUAGGGAGCAUUGCGUUUGCCGUACAUGUAAUUAGUGGUGCAUUCUUUCAGGCUUCUUUAAUUUCUGAGCAUGAGUUGGAUAAUGUCGACGUGGCAGUUACAGUAAUACAGUGAUGAAUUGUUUUUCUCUUUCA